UUUCUUGACCACCUUAAACUGUUCCAUCUUUUGUUCCAAUGGGCAGGACAGUGCAGCCACCUAAAUAGCCAACCUCUUCAGACUUCCAAAGAGUACAGUGCCGAACGAAGACAACUGGAAAAAAAGAAAGAAAAAAAAAGAAGCACAUUUCGGGGAGAGAGAAGAGAUGGUGAAGCUGGUGGUGGCGACGACGACGGACCCCGCGUCCAUAAACCCGGCCAACGCGCUUUUAGCCAUGCCCGGCUGGCACACAGGUCCUUUCUUCCAGGAGGAUAUGAAGAGCUUCGCUAACGAAGGGGUGAGGCUAGUGCUCCACGACAAGAGCAUAAUCGAGGAGGACCACUUGGACCAGCGCUGGGAGGAAGCCACCGGCGAGCCCGUCGACGAGGUCAUCUUCCUCAGCAAACAUACCGCCGUUUCCAACCGCCCCGCCCUCACCGUUCACCCUAUCGGGGUACCUCACUUGAGGGAAGGAGAAAUUCCGCCACAGGGUGGGAAGCCUGGAUGGGCGGCGCCACCCAGUCCUCGCAUCGGUCCCUGGCUGAGGCUGUUGAAGAAUAUUGCUCAUUCUCAUAAUUUGGUUCCUGAGUUUGAGAUUACUUUGGAGGGUACUCAUCAUGGACCGGUGACUAAUAAGCCAACUAUGUUUAUAGAGAUUGGUAGCACAGAAGAAUAUUGGAAGAGGCAGGAUGCAGCUCAUGUUAUUGCUCUGCUAGUCACUGAAGGACUUGGGCUUGGAGGAGGUGCUGCUGUAGGAAACUGGAGCAGGGAGAAUGAUAAUAACAAAGUGCUUCUUGGGAUAGGUGGUGGACAUUAUGCACCUCGGCAUAUGGACAUAGUUCUGAAAGAUGGUGUUUGGGUGGGUCACCUACUUUCCGGAUAUUCCUUGCCGAUGGAAGACCCAAGCUUGUCAAAAGUAGAAACAAAUGUGAAAGAGGUUGGCGGGACUUGGAGGGAAUCAAUUAAAGCUGCAUUUGAGGCUACAAGAUUGGCUUUCCCUGGCGGGGAAAUUGUUGCGCAUCUUGAUCACAAGAGUUUCAAAAGCUGGCAGAAGAAUGCUAUAACAGGGUUCCUAGGCGAGCAGAACAUAAAAAUUGGCAAACCAGCUGACUUCUACUGAUUUCUGAAGAACACAGCAUCAACAAGGGCAGAGUCAAAAACCAGCCAGCUGGAUAAUGAUAUGACUCAAAAUAGACGAUUUAAAAAAGAAAAAGAAAAAAGAGAGAGAGAAGAGAAUAAGCCAAUAAGGACAGGACCAAAGGCACAGCCUACCAAUGAGAUGGUGUUCCUUCUUCGUGGUCUCCAUCUAUGUGACGUUGACUUGUUCAUGACUUGUAUUUGUUCUAUUGUUGUCAUUCUUUGGUGAUAUGUUUCCAAUAGACGACAUUAUUAUGUUGUCCAGUCAUUAAAGCAAAUUAAGCAAUGCAUUUUUAAUAACAGGUCAAUUUAACCAA